GCCAAUCUUUUUCUGCCAAAGAAAUGGUAAGCAGCCCAGAGUCGAAUGGCCACCAGAGAUUGGGCGGCGACGGCGAGGGCAGCGGGAGCACGAUCAAGGAGCAAGACCGCCUCCUCCCAAUUGCAAACGUGGGCAGGAUCAUGAAGCAAAUCCUGCCCCCAAAUGCGAAGAUCUCUAAAGAGGCGAAGGAAACUAUGCAAGAGUGUGUAUCAGAGUUCAUCAGCUUCGUGACCGGAGAGGCCUCUGACAAGUGCCAUAAAGAGAAGCGCAAGACCGUCAACGGCGAUGAUAUCUGUUGGGCUUUAUCGACGCUGGGCUUUGAUGAUUAUGUCGAGCCCAUGAGGCGAUAUUUGCAGAAAUACCGCGAAACUGAGGGGGAUCGCGCUGCUGCUGCAGGUGCAUCUGGGGGUCAUCUUGGAAGAGGAGGUAAUAGCUCUGAUGACCGGGCAAACCAGCCAAAUUCGGGUCCGUUGAUGUUCAAUGCCUUAGAUAGGAACACUGGCUCAUCGUCAAGGCGAUAUUAGUACCGUUCCUGUAUUUUAUUUGAUAUGCUAUGAUUUGUUUUAUGUUCUUAAUUUGUUCUUGUUUAACGCUAUAGUUAUUGUUCAGAGAUUGAGGAAAGACUUACUAUG